AUGGCGGUCGAUUUCCCGAAGUCACAGAAGGCGCACAUGCUUCCCAUCAAUCUCUCGGAGGACUUCAUGUUCGCCUUACGGAAGUUCUGCGGCACCUACGGCAACAAGACCAUGACCCAGCCUGCCCUCAAGAUGCUUCAGUCGAUACCACUCGUCCACUCUGCUCUAGCAGUCAAGGAGGCAGACAAGAUGUCUGCAGCACAGCGAAACCUGGCAGCGUCAAAGUGCAUGCAAGAGAUCGCGGUUCCUGGUUUCAUCAAGCUGAUCGAGCACGCCCUGAGCACCAUGGGCGGGCCGCUGCAGAUGCCUCACAAGUGGAAGGUCAUGGUGUACUACACGACCCUUGGUUCAGGUGUGUAUCUAAUGUGGCUACAUCAAUUCGUAACACGUACCAACGACUCAUGUUGUGUUGUGCUGGUCGUGUGAUGGCACGCCCGAUCAUCAUGUGGAAUGUAGCAACUAGUUGCAACGGCUUCAUUAAUUUUGAACUUAUUGCAGACGUACUCGUGAACACAGCAGUAGAGUAGGCAUGACAUGCGAGUGAAAGGACGCACUUGCGGGCCUUCUCUGUCCGCCGAUGACAAAUACAGGUGUUGUGGGAGAGGUCGAUUGGACCGGAGCUGGCAUUUUGGCAUGUACGACGCACAUAUAUUAUCUGAAGAGGAGUGUAGAUAAUUGUCAUCAAGCGGUUGCAGGUGCACCACGUGUGGUGUUCGUGAGUGGCAGUACCAGCGAUCCACCUGCCACCUGCUAUGUGAGGAUUAUGGGUAGUUCUAGCCACCUUUUGCAACACGGGUUGGAGUCAGGGUUCGUUUUGCUGGCAACAGCGGUAGUAUUCGCGAAACCAUUCACCUCCCUCCAACGGUGUCUCCAUGCAUGCAUGUGGUUUAUGGUUUGCGGCCGAUGCGUGUUAGAUGUCUGGGCGUUACUCUCCGAAAAAGGGGGAGUCUAAGCCAUGAGUCUCCGGGACGUCUGCGAUUUGUUUGUGGGUGGAGACGCAGAUAGACACACACCGACACCACCCGCAGCAGCAACAGCGGGAAAUAGCCGCCUCCGCCUCCGCCGCCGCCGCCGCAGCGGCAGCAGCAGCAGCAGCGGAAACAGCACCAUUAGUCGACAACACCUCUGCUUGUAUAGACAUUCCAGCCCCGAACGAACUCGCUGCCAUGCCUGAAUCAGAGGCAAGAGGGCACACGUUGACGAGACGUUCACCACGAGACAAGGUGCUGCUCCGCCUACAAAAAUGCACACAAAUAGCGGACUUCCUCUCGCUCCCACACGCGCUGUUGCCGUUUGAAAUAUAUCGCAGGCACCUCCAAGGAGAAGACCUUCAUGGAGAAACCGUCGACCGUCCUGACCAAGUUAAAGAGCCACAAGGCCGAGUACACGAGAGUGUGGCUCUGGCUUGACACGUGAGUUUGCGGGCAAGUCGGAUUCUCAGCGCAGCGUAUUUCCCUCUCUCGUGGCGUUGCACACUCCGAAAACCGGGAGGCGAAAGCAAUGCAACCCUAAUUUCGUGUGUGGAAAACAAAAUCGACGGUGCUUGACGUGAGGAUCUUCGUAAAAUCACGAGGGUUCUUCAUGCCUGUGUUGGUCAAGCAUGUGUGUGCGUGCGUGUGUUUGUCGUUAAGUAGUCUACACAAAACGGGAGGAUGAAGACACACACGCACUUUCAUUGGUCAGCCGG